CCCAAAUAGCCACUUGGCAACACGGCCUGUUAGAUUAUUGAUAAAAUGCUGAAAUAACGGCAUUUAUUGUGUACAUUAAAAAAUUUAUUUGCUAAAGUAUUGGUUUUAUUAUAGAAAACAGAAUUAAAAUUUAUAAGUUUGGCGUUUAGCGUCUAUAUAACACAUGUAAACGAAAUGUGAAAUCGAAAGUGGGAAAUUAUACGGGUAAUUUCAGAGAAAUGUUUUCUUUGUAUCAGGAAGAAGUAAUGCUCAUGGUCGAAACUGCACAAAGCUGUGUGAAAUACUUCACAAUCGCAGAUAGAAUUCUCAAACAAAAAUGAUAACGUCCAUGCAAUAAACACAAAACAUGACAGACCGGAAUGUAUUUCGUAUGGUUGUCUUCCACACACCACGUGGUCGUUUGUCUGAAACUCGCGGUUUAUCUGAAGGUCCAGUCAUAACCGAAUUACCAGACGAUUUUGAGGUGGACAACGUUAAAGCUGUUAAAGGCGUAAAAGACUCUUCCAACGAUUCUAAUGAUAACAUUGAUACUAAUACUGACAUAGCAGCAAACGCUCUGGCCAAUGAUGAAAAUGCAUUGGAUUACAAUGCUCGUGCAAAACUUGUAGAAAACAAGCAAUCAGGACGUGCUUAUACUGAUUUGGUUGAUAACGAAGAAACUGGUGAAAAAACGGACGAUAAAUGUACGCCUAAACAUGAAGAUCGACAUACACAUUUCACCUUAGGAUUUCAGUUUACAACCAAAGAUUUGCCGUCUAAACAUCCUUCCAAUUUCAUAAGAAGUAACGACCGCUUCACUAAUGAUCCAAAGAAGCACGAUACAAAAGAACUCGAAAUCGAAUCACCCACAGGACCUGAAAGCGAUUUCAACGACAGUUCUAAACCACUUGUGUCCGCCAACAGGAAUGGUAACCAUCUUUUUAAUGUAUCCGCUUAUCAUCCUGAUGCCAUACAUAAUACCGAUUCUUUUCAAGAGGCUACGGCAUUUCCAAAACAGAAUGCAUGGAAUGCUACAUUUGGUGACAACGACCACAAAAAUCGAUCAGAACGUGCAUGUGUGGAGCCUUUUGUCCAUUCUGGUCCAAAUAAACCAGUAACAGCUAAUGACGCCCACCGCAUUGAGGAUGGUACGUCACAGCACGGGCAUUCCAACCAAGGCGAAAAUGACGAACAAACAGCCACAUGUCCGACUUUCUUAAAACAAAAAUACUGUAAACAUAAGGAAAUUAAAGAAAUGCGUGUACCGUGUAUUAACGGUUGUCAUUUAUAUGUACUUAUGCAAUGCACAAAUUGUAAGAAAGAGUUUUCAGAAGAAGAGCUCCUAACAUUAACAGAGAAGCGUUCUGCAAAACUAAACAAAAAUGCAAUCCCAAAGAAGUCCGAACGUUCGUUUGUAGAAGACAAUGAGACGCCGAAGAAACCAUCUACAAAAGAGACGCCGGUUGCAAGGAGCAACAAGAACUAUUCGACAAGACGAAAAAACGAAGAAGCAGACAGGCUGCUGGAAACAAAGCACUGUGUACAAUCCGAGGCUCGACGCGACCUAAACGAUUUCGGCAACGGUGGACCAGUUGAGGAUUCGAGGAGUGUAUGAGUACACGCCACGUUCACUGCGCACGGCUGCAGUGAAUUAUCUUAGACAGAACCCACAACUGGAUGACAACACAGACAUUAGGUAUUUUAUCGAAGGAGAUUUAGAAGACUACUUUCAGACGAUGAAUAAAGACGGAGAAUGGGGGGACCACAUUGUGAUUCAUGCCUUGGCAUGUUUCUUGAAGACCCCUGUCACAAUCUACGGUUGCGAUGAAAAGGGGAUGAUUAGACCGCGUCCGGAAAUUAUUGCAGGCAAACAUAAGCAAAAUUCUACAGUGUACUUGGGCCAUAUUUACGGUGCUCAUUACAUAAGCCUUCGACCUCAGACUUGGAAGGAAGAUCUUCUUAAAGUUUUAGGAGGACGUUCUGACUCGUGUGUUAUUUCUGGACGCAAUUCAGACCCAGGGGUCGCAGGAACUGGUGGCGAUGUCCCAGACAUGUAUUUGUCCUUCGCAAUGAUGUAUUGCCUUAAACAGCAGAUUAUUCAGCCUCUUGUUCAACAACAAAUUCACAGAAUAACGAAUUUUUACCGGUUAUAUAAUCUGUGUACAGACCACUCUGAUGCUCUUUACGUCGGGAUUUUAGGAUCCAAUCAGGAAACACGUUCUUUCAAAGAGGAUCUGUUUAUUAUCCCACUUGAAACAGUUGUGGAUGAUGAUUUCACAUCUAGUGAAUUGCACAAGAGGAAUCAACUAAAAGCUGUUAGACAAGAGAAUGGUAAUACCAUAAACCUUGUACCUGAAAAGCCUGAAAAUUGGAUGAGAUGUCUUAACCAAGAACACUUUCUGCAUCAUUUACAAAUUCCCUCUGACAUGAUGGAUUCCCCUCGAUGGAUUGCAUUCCAAACAAAAAUGCCAAAUACCGAAAGAUGGCUCGAAAGAAGCCGCCGGCACGGUUGGCCACCUAACAGGGCAAUAUAUGAUUUAUUAACUGGGGAUGGAUUUCUCGUGGUCCCUGAGCCCAAAUGUUCUAAAUAUGCCUGGAAAUACGAUUUUAGAUUGGCAGAAGAUAUUCUCCUCGCGAAGGCUUUUACAGAUUAUCAAAAAGAUUGUUUCAAGAUUAUGAAAAUCCUUUUGGACCAAACACAAGUCAGUCAGUACUUACCGUACGUUUGUGUAAAACACGCGUUCUAUUAUCAAUGUCAAGAAACACCGGCUAAUGUUUGGAAGUCGGAUCCUACGCUCUGUCUUCGGUCAUUGAUUGGUCGAUUCAUAUCCAACAUAAAUGAUGCAUGUUUCCCCAACUUUUUUGAUAGCACGUUGAAUUUGAUGCCAAAUAAGCUCUCACCUGACGAACGAAGUCAAGUUAACCAAGGACUGUUUAUUGCACAAAAGCACACAUUUGUCUGUCUGUGUAAUGCGUUCAGUACUCCAGCAACGGACUUUGAGGAUAGAUGGUCGAGAGCAUUUGCCGCCAUGUUCCAUCGACUGGUAGAAAGCAUGCCGUCGAGCGAUACUGAAAGAGUUCUCGAAGAAUGCUUUAUACCAACAGCUGUAGCCGGCAUACAAGAGCUUGUGGAACGUGAAAGGUUUUCAUUAGCAUACGAACGAUGCACAGAAGCUGUAGAGGAAUUGAAUCAUGUUUGCAAGGCUGAGUUGGCUGUCAAUUACAUAGUCAACCUGGUCGUUUGCCCUGCUUCUUACAAUGUGCGACAUUGGUUGUUUGCAUUCUACGUGGCCUUUGUCACGGGGCACUAUUGGUUCGAUGAAGUAAAUAAGGAUUUAGACUCAGUUAUACUUGUUGAUGUCUUUGGAGAAAAUCUUUAUCAAAUUUUAGAAGAUACAUUUGGGAAAAAAGUAAGCAUCCCGACUCAUUUUAUUGAGCCUGAACGUAUUUGUCAAACAACCUUAGCUUUGGCAAAGGUUCUGGAGCAAUGUGACAUUUAUCAAGGUGUCAUAGCCAACGUAGAAUUGGCAGCACUUGAUUACGUAAUAAUUCAGCUGCAAAACUGCACAUCAACUGUACGUGUUCUCGAUAUAAAUAUUGAAGAUAAUAUGAGAGAACUUCAAGCGGAUGUGCGAAAACGAAUAAACGUGAUGGAUGACCAAAGAGACAGAAAAUUGAUGGAAAUUGCUAACAUCCGAAAGGAGUUUGAACAAUACAAACGAAAAAUUAUAGUAAUUGAUAACAUACGGAAGGAGUUAAGAAAAUGCGAAUUACAAAAUGAUCUGACGGGAAUGAAAUUGAUUUUUUCAAAACUGCAGGAUAUUAAUAUGGAAUAAAAAAAAUACUAACCUGUAUAUAAAGUACAUAAACUGGUAAUUAUGCCAGUGCAGCAAUGUUGUCAUCCUUUCUUACUUAUUCCAGACAUUAAUUAGUAGGCUUGGACAAGAGUGUUUAUAUAGUGUUAUUAAUCGUUAGAUGCGAUUGGUGGAUAACUGCUUCCCAACAUAAUCUUUUUUUUUUAAUUCCCAAUGUUUAAUUGAUGAGUCACAAUUUUCAAAUUGAAUACAUUCAGUUGCGUUUAACGUUUAUGGACCAUUAUAACAUUCUUACCAUACAUGAUCUCUGUGUCAUUAUGUAUAUUGUAACUGUAAAUAAAUAAUAUUUUUCUUUCAAACAAAGGUAUUAUGUUCAUAAAGCAUGAAGCAUAUCUUUAAAUUUAUUGAUGGUACACAAUUGUAACUAAUAAUUUGUUUAUUUUAUUUCAACUUUCAAUUUCAAUUUUAUUUAUUUUUUAGUCUAAACGCUAUGUUAAUAUAAUAAGUGUUUCUAAUUUACUUUUUAAAGGCGUUACAAUCACCUUAUAAUGCUACCGAUUUCAAUUUAUGAUUAUCCAUAAAACAACCGAUAGUGAAAAAAAAUUCACGAGAAGUGCUAUGUUUAGUGUUCGAAUAUAAAUAUAAUGAAAUUAUUCUUUCAAUAUGUUUUUAUUGCCAUUGUCAUUUCGAAAACUGUGAAAAAGUCCUUUUAAAUAUAUUCACUUUCCUCUGCAAUGUAUGUAUGUUGGAUCAACAUGUAUAACCAUGCAAGCAAACGCGCAUGCAUUUGUGUUUAUUGCAUCGAUUUCAUUAGAAAACAAAUAUGACUGCAUCCAAUAUUUAUUAUACUGUAUGUAUGUGGUCAUUUGUGCAGUUAAAAGUAUCUCUAAAAUUAAAAGAAUAACGUUGACAA